AUGUAUGAAUUCUUUUCUGCUGAACAGGGCCCAUGGGUCUAUAGGAACUCGGCACUCCUUGAACCAUCACCAGGCCUCCAGUUUACGAGUUUCAAGAGUGCCGAUGAAGACGAGCAUUCUACAUCACAGGGAGGCAGUGAAAUUUUCGCACAUAAAGCGGGUGUUAAUGUUCUUGCAAUUGACAAGUAUUAUGGGCGAUAUCUGGUAUCGGGAGGUGCUGACCCAUCCAUUCGUUUGUGGGACCUAGAUGACAGAGGCGCGGAACUACAAUAUCUUCACGAACCCAAGGCUUGGGUGGAUAAAACCCGACACGAGCUCGCUCACACCCACGCGCUGACGUCGAUAUCUAUUUACCCAUUUGAUCCCACACCGUCGACGAUUUUGACAACGUCUCGCGAUAAUACUCUAAAACUAUCGGCUGUUGGAAAUGGGGUGAUUACACCAGCGCAUACAUUCAAUCUACAUGCGACUCCAUAUUGCCAUUCACUUUCAUCGCAUCCAGCUUCGACGCUCUUGAUUGCAGCGGGAACGUCAGAAAGAACUAUUCGUCUUCUCGACUUGAGGAGCGGACUAGCAACUCAUACACUUCUCGGCCAUGACUCGGCUGUACUAUCUGUGGACUGGGCACCUCAUCGGCCGUAUAUCCUUACAUCAGCGUCGACAGAUAAUCGAGCAAUCAUAUUCGAUAUUCGCAAAGCAGGUACAAGCUCCGCCAUUGGGUCCUUGGACAUGGAUAAUACUGCGGGAGUGUCUGCGCAGGCUAGGAUUACGGGUUCUAUCGUGAAACAUCAUGCUUUCUCUCGUCGGGGGCGUGCUCAUAAUGGUGCAUUGACCGGAGUGAGGUGGACUUCAACCGGUAGUCAUUUGAUUACUGCUGGUCAAGACUCGCGUCUUCGUGUAUGGGAUGCGACAACUGGGGCUAACACACUCGUACAUUUUGGUCCUCGGCUUCGAAAUAGCGCUUCUUCGCAUCUCGCCGAAAGAAUACCGCUCAUCUUGCCAAGUAACCUCGUUGAGUCUGGACAUGAGAUAGUACUAUGGCCAAAUUUCAACGAUCAAGAAGAUCGUGGCGAGAUUCUGAUGUUCGAGAUAAGGGACGGGGCAUUCAUUAAGACACUGAAAGUUUCCGGACUCAUGUCAACUUCACGCCACCAUCGGGUGGGCAAAUCAAGCGCGUUGACCGCUGGAAGGAUCAAUGCUCUAGCCUGGCGAGGCAAUGGAGGUUCUGGAGAAGGCCUGGAAUUGUUUUCUGCUCACGGCGAUGGCACUAUAAGAACGUGGGUAUCUCGAGUACCUGAGGGCGAAACCGACACCGAAGACAACAACGAACCGGAUACAAGAAAACGCAAACGAGACGUUCUGGAGGAAAUCUACCAAGGACUCACCGGUUCUUCUGUGAGUUUUACGUAG